AUGAUCCCAGCCAGCGACACUCAGCUGUCCUUCCAUGCCCAUGCGGCACCACCUGCUCUCGUCAACUUGAUUUCCAUCUCGUUCUGGGACGGUGGAAGAAACCGCAGUGGGCCGCGCUCUUGUUGUCUGUCCCAACACCAGUUGGUGUUUCCCCUCUUGCUUCUCCCAGCGAGUUAUCAACCCAGCCUUGAAAAGCCAAAGCAUGCGGAGGUAGGUGGCCACACCUGA